AUGCAGUAUCCAAGAAAUGCAAUGGUUCGCAGACAUCAUAUUGUGAGCAUUGUAUGGUUUUUGUACCUACUGCUCGCCUCAUCAUCCCAUCCUAUAGAUAACGGAUUGGUCGACUCAGAGCUGAUACACGAGUGCAUUACUAAUAAAUCUGUUGAUCUCCUACUUAUCCUCGAUGGUUCUGGAUCCAUUGGUGACGAUACUUUUCGCAAUCAGAUUGCGUUCGCGAUGCAUCUUGCUCAACGACUAAACGUUUCGAAUGAGGGUAGUCGUAUGGCGAUAAUGCAAUUUGCUGAAACUCCUCAGCUGGAGUUCACCCUCAAUCAAUACACUCAUCCAACUCAGCUUGAAUGGGCAAUUCAACGAAUAAAUUUCCUCUCUGGAGCGACAAACACUGGUUUAGCGCUAAAGUUAGCAUUACAACGGGGAUUCGAGGGUGCCCGAGGUGGAGACGUACCACGUGUUGCCGUAGUGGUUACCGAUGGACAAAGUCAAGAACCAGAUGCGACAGAAACACCCGGAGGUUUCAGUUUACCCGACGAUACAACUCUUUACGCCGAUAAGAACUGUGAAAUGAAAGCUCGUAAUCGUGUUUUCAUCGUUCAGGUUGCAGAGUUGCAUCGCACAAUGGCUGAGACUUCUACUUUCUGGAUCUGCAUACACAUUGUGGAUUUCUACUUUGUCCGCUCUCUUACUAAUUUGAUCGUAUUUCCGAUCACCGGCAACCCUGUAAGAGUUUUCACGGUCGAAUCGUUCGAACAACUUGACAAAGCGCUGGCGGAUUCGCUCACAUGGGAUAUGUGCAGGACAGAAUUCCGUCCCGGAACACCGGACAUUAUUUGCGGCCCGGAUAAAAUUGGUGUCCGAGCAUCGACAAAGAAACCAUUCGACGGCUACGUGUUCGUCAUGGACCAUUUCCAUGAAGAAGAAUGUCGAGCCGGACCGGAAAAGUUUCCGGAUUCGAAAAGCAUAGGAAUUGCUGUACCCUUUAAUGCGUGCAAUGUGCUUAGAUAUCGAUCGCUGAAUCCACGAGGGAUAUUUGUAGAAAUGACCGUAGUGUUCAUGUUUCAUACAUUAUUCAUGACAAAAGUUGAUCAAAUGGUUAAAAUUCAAUGUUUCUACAUGGAAGCGGAUAAAAGAGUGACUGUGCCGCUUUCAGUCAGUAUGAUCACCACUCAAUUCCGUGAAAAGAUGUAUCAAAUGCCACAAUGCUCCUAUACAUUACGAAAAGGUGGUCCUGAUGGGGAGAUUGUUCGUUAUGCAACGUUAGGAGAAAGUGUGUACCACCGUUGGGAAUGCGUGGAAGUCGAGCAGAAGGACACAUUCGGCAUGCUGGUUCAUUCAUGUUACGUCGACAAUGGGCAUGGCGAUCGAGUGGAUAUUCUUAGCGAAAAAGGUUGUGGCCUGGAUGCAGUUCUCUUAUCCACACCGGAUUAUGACAGCUCACUUCGAUUAGCAACAAAACCGUACCAUGUCUUUAAAUAUGCUGAUCGCCCUGUUCUACAAUUUCAAUGUCAGGUAACGUUGUGCCUAAAAUACGAUGGUGGCUGUGAUGGAAUUACUCCACCGAAGAACUGUCCAUCGUUACCGGGCGAAGAUGGUCAUCAUCACCAUCAUCAUGGAAGACGAAGAAAAGCUAGAGAGGCCGAUGGUAUCGGCACUAUUGAUCUUUUCACGGAUUCGUUAACGAUUGUGGACCAGUUGCCUUCAUGUCCUACCUCGGUAAUAUCUAAUCCACUUUAG